UCCGCCGUCACGGCGGGACGGGGCGGGGACGGGAACGGGACGGGGCCUGUGUGUCCCUCCCCGCCCUGCCGGUACUGACAACGCCCACCCCGCCCGCCGAGAGCAGGUUCGUCGAGGCCGGGUGUCCUUCAUACGUGGAGACUGUCAGACUUGUUCCCAUCGUGGAUGAUCUUGACUGCAAAUCUACUCAGCCAUGUCAUACACUGCAGGUUUUGGAGAUCCGAAUCAACUAGCCCAGCGCAUAACUUCUAACAUCCAGAAGAUCACACAAUGCUGUGCCGAAAUACAACGAAUAUUACAUCAGCUUGGAACACCCCAAGACACACCUGAGUUGAGGCAACAGCUGCAACAGAAGCAGCAAUACACCAAUCAGCUUGCCAAAGAAACUGACAAAUACAUUAAAGAGUUUGGAUCUUUGCCUGCAACAAGUGAACAGCGUCAAAGAAAAAUACAGAAAGACCGUCUUGUGGGGGAGUUCACCACAGCCCUAACAAAUUUCCAAAGACUCCAAAGGCAAGCUGCUGAGAAAGAAAAAGACUUUGUAGCCAGAGUAAGAGCCAGCUCAAGGGUAUCUGGUGGUGCUCCUGAAGAAGCCUACAAAGAAGGAACCCUUGUCUCUUGGGACAGUCAACCACAAGCACAAGUGCAAGAUGAAGAAAUCACAGAAGAUGACCUCCGUCUUAUUGAGGAGAGGGAAUCUUCCAUUAGGCAGCUUGAGGCAGAUAUUAUGGAUAUCAAUGAAAUUUUUAAAGAUCUAGGAAUGAUGAUUCAUGAACAAGGUGAUGUGAUAGACAGCAUAGAAGCCAAUGUGGAAAAUGCAGAUGUACAUGUGCAGCAAGCAAACCAGCAGCUUUCAAGAGCAGCAAACUACCAGCAAAGGUCCCGAAAGAAGAUGUGCAUCCUCAUUGCUAUACUUGCAGUUGGAGUAUUCAUUAUUGGAAUCAUCAUAUGGCUCUCUACAAAAUCACAGAAUCAUUAAGGUUGGAAAAGACCUCUAAGAUCAUCAAGUGCAACUGUCAACCCACACCACCAUGCCCAUUAAACCAUGUCCUGAAGUGCCACGUUUACACAUUUUUUUAACACCUCCAGAGAUGGUGACUUCACUAGGCAGUCUGUUCCAACUCUUGACCACUCUUUCAGUAAAGAAAUUUUUCCUAAUAUCCAAUCUAAACCUCCCCUGGCACAACUUGAGGCCAUUUCCUCUCAUCCUAAACGAGUCUCUGGAGACAGUGUUGUAACUGACAUUUAAAUUAUGAAAGGAAAUUCCAGUGGUUUGCUCAUUGUGAAGCUGAGUAAAAAAUUAGUUCUGUACUUCAUCACACUUAUAAAAAAAAAAAGACUUCUUGGUUUUGACCUGAGUAUUUAACAUUCUCAGUAUCACUGUCAGUAUAACUGCCUGCCCUCUUGGAUGUGAGUGCCAGAGAAAAAACAGACAAUAUCAUAAACUGUUCUGUUAACUUAACAUAAAAUCCUCUCAAGGUUUGAGGGGAGGGGGUAAUCAAACUCCUAAUAAUUUGUUUUGAAAGGGGGUGGUGGUGUAAUUAUUAUUUGAGGUAUUGAUAAAUGUUGCUACCAAAACAAACUACUGAACUGUUGCUUGAGGUGACAGAUUCACAUCUUGGAAUUUAUUUUUAAGUUCUAAGUGGCUUCCUGUCUGUUUUCUUCCCAUCCCAAUCCUCUGCCCAUUUGAUAUGGGUCCUUUAAAAAUAAAAUGUGGAUUGCUGAAGUUGAUGUGAUAUCUCUUUUAUAACUGAAGCCUUUGAAUUAUGCCUUCACUUGUCCUGAAGUCUUUUAGAUGUUUCAUAUUUCUCUGUAUCUGUCAUUGAGUAUGGUUAUGCCUGGAAUCCUCCUGAAAAGGUAGGUAGGGUGGAUUAUGUAGUCGUGUGGGGUUUUUGUUUCAGUUCUUGCAUUAAGAAAUACUGUGUUUUAUGUGCACACAUCUGGUGUCUUUUAAUCUGAAUGUGCAUCGGUGAGGUUGGGAAUAUGAAAAUAAGCUCUAAUCUGUGAAUUCUUAGAGAUACUGAGAAGAAUAGAAAUUCCCAACUUCCUAACUGCACUUGAAUAUCACUGUUCUGAAACUGCUGUGAUUUGGUUUCCAUGAACAAAUCUAAAGUUGUAUAUGAGGCCUUUCAUACAGCUGAAGAGCACAAGUUCAAUUCCAAGUUCAAUGGUGGUAUUUGAAGUUAAGUUGAAGUCGGUUGAACUGAUUCAAACUGUGUAAGAUAUUUGAAGCUUAUAGCCUUUAAAAUGACCUUUUUCUUUUUUUGCCAUUUUGUACUAAUAUACUAAAAAUGUAACAACCCUUUUUUGCCAAAUAAUCUAUUUGCCUUUUUAAUUGAUCUUAGUGAACUAAUCUGAAAAGUGUACAAAUGAAAAAGUUACUUAAUCUGUAUUUUAUAAAGUUCUUGUACACUGGACUGAUAGGGAAUACACUGUUUACAAGGCGAGCUCUGAAAUAUUAAUUGAGAAAAAUCUAACUGUAAGCAUAUAUGGACUUCAGAAUUGUAACCGUGCAACCAAAAUAAAGGUCUUUUAAAGAGUA